UUAGAGCCGAAAUCUGUUGUUCCAACUUGCCUGCACCACCCGAUCUCCUAAAAUAGCCUCCACUCACCUUCCCCUUCCUCAAAUCCCUCUCCUCCCAUCCUCCUCCUUCCAAUGGCCGCCUCCUCUUCCUCCUCCGCCGUGGACGACCUCGAAAACCCAUCCCGCCCCAUCAUCCCCCGCACCCCCAGUCUCCUCCAACCCUCUCGCCGCCCACGCCACGCCGGCCGCCACAACCCCCUCCGCCUCUUCCGCUCCAUCUGCCGCACCCUCCCUAUCUUCAACACCCCCCGCUGCGGCCUACCCCACUCCCACGACACCGUGAACGCUUCUCCCGCUCGCGUCACCGGCACGCUCUUCGGCAAUCUCCGCGGCCGCGUCAGCCUCUCCAUCCAAGAGAGCCCGCGCUGCCUCCCUUGGGUCGUGCUCGAAAUGGCCGUGCAGACGCAGGUCCUUAUGCGGGAGAUGGGAACCGGGAUGGUCAGAAUUGCGCUGGAAUGCGAGCGCGCCGGCAGGGCGGCGGCCGGGAGGAGGGUGAUGGAAGAAGGGAUGUGGGGAGUGUUUUAUAAUGGGAGGAAGUGUGGAUAUGCGGUGAGGAGAGAGGCUACGAAGGAAGAUCUGGCGUUGAUGGAGCUUCUGAGGGCGGUGUCGAUGGGCGCCGGAGUUCUUCCGGAUGGGAAUGGGAGAGAUAAAGGGGAGGUGGCGUAUCUGAGAGCCUGUUUUGAAUAUGUGAUGGCAAGUAAGGAUUCCGAGACUCUGUAUUUGCUGAGCCCAGAGGAUACUAAUGGGCCAGAGCUCAGCAUUUUCUUUGUUCGGAUUUAAGAUUUUUUUUUUAAUUGAAUUUUCUUUUA